GCAGCUCGGUGCCCAUCACUGGAGGUCGAUGCCGCUCACAGGGCGACAUGCCUGCGUGUCUGUGCCCACUAAUGUCUGGGGGGGCGCACAGCCUGGAUACACUGGGCCCCUAACCAAAAUAGUCUGCAAGCGAUAAAGCGUCCAGAGCCUGGAGACAGACGGGAGGCUCAGAUGCAAGUAUCAGAUACGGGAGAAGGACAACAGAAGACUCCUGCCAGUCCCGCAUUUACCUCAAAUACCUCAAAAUCCAUCCCCAUGAUCCAUGUUCCCUCUUCUCCCCAGAUUAUUUCUCAGCCUCACCUCUCCUUGAGAAAGUCAGCAGAACUUCCUGCCCUUGAGCUUGCUUGAGGGAUUUCUUUCUUGAAUUUCAAGAAAUUUGAAAUUUGAAGAAAUUCUUUCUUGAAUUUCAAUUAGCAAAGAGGAGGACAGGUGGUGAGGCAAAGGCGAGGACAUGGCUCUUCAGGGACAGCCCCCAGAAUGUCCCCUCUCCUGGUGGAGGGCAACACGUGGGAAGAGGGGAGCUUCACCAAGAUGGAAUCAUCUGUCCCCAGCAGAUGCGCCAGCCAGAGCGCAGUAAGGAAUGCCAUCUGGACACAGGUGCCCUGUCACCACCUGGGUCUUCCCAGGCAUCUGUGGCAGGUCAGGCGGGCUCCCUCUACGGAUAAUACAGCUCCAGGUGAAAGAGGCUUAGGUGGGUCGCCAUGGCAACGCAGAUCAGAGGUUGGCCCGCCUCUGAGGUUCAGGAGGAGGAGCUGUGGUUCCAGCCUCCUGAGAUACACACACACACACACACACACACACACACACACGCUCCACUAACACCAGCCCGGGCUGGAUCCCUCCUCUGGUCAGGAUUGUUUUCUCUCUCAGCACAACUUCCGAGAGACAGAAAGAGGGAAGAGCAUGAGGUAGCAGGCAGCAGCAGAAGAGAAAGAAAAAGAAGACGUUUAGAAUAUAGUCUUCCCUCCACCCCACCCUGCCCUGGACACUCUCUUCUCCCAGGCUGGGAAGCAGAAAGGCCCCCCACAAGAACUUUCACCUCCGGAGAGGGUGACCUCAAAACGCCAGGUGUGCACACAGUACCUGAUUAAGGCUUCUGAAUAAAUGAAUGAAUUAGAAAUGAUUGCUCAGAGAGGUUAAGCAACUUACUUGAGGCCACCCAGCUGUGAGGGCGGAGCAGUUCUUCUCUCGCUGGGGUCCCAGCUGUCCUCCCUCCCCCUUGUUCUCCCCACCUUAACUGACAGAGGGGUCCAAGGAAGACGCACUCCUGCCCUGUCUCGGCAGGGCCUGGGGGGGCCAUGUCCCUCAUCCCAUGGCUUCGGUGGAAUGAAGGCCCCCCGCGGCCGUCAUCCCGGAGGCCGGCUGAGAUGGUGCUGGACACGCUCAUGAUGGAGCUGGCGGGACAGAUGCGAGAGGUGGAGAGGCAGCAAUGGGAGCGCAGCAACGCAGUCAGGAAGAUCUGCACUGGGGUGGACUACAGCUGGCUGGCCAGCACACCCCGGCCCACCUACGACCUCAGCCCUGGCGAGCGGCUGCAGCUGGAGGACGUCUGUGCCAAGAUCCACCCGUCCUACUGCGGGCCCGCCAUCCUCAGGUUCCGGCAGCUACUGGCCGAGCAGGAGCCUGAGGUGCGGGAGGUGUCCCAGCUCUUCCGCUCGGUGCUGCAGGAGGUCCUGGACAGAAUGAAGCAGGAGGAGGAGGCCCGCAAGCUGACGCGCCAGUGGAGCCUACGGCCCCGCGGCAACCUGGCGCUGGCCACCUUCAAGACCCGCGCGCGCAUCUCUCCCUUCACCAGCGACAUCCGGACCAUCUCGGAGGACGUGGAGCGGGACACGCCGCCGCCGCUCCGGACCUGGAGCCUGCCCGAGUUCCGGGCGCCCAAAGAGGACUGACCCGUGCCCUACCCUGCCCGGGAGCCGAGAACACCUGCGGGAGGGCAUGAUAGGCCGGUGACCGGGUCCGAGUCCUGGAACCUCCCCACCUGCCCUCGACAAGGGGCCCAAGAGGUGGCCCCGUCCCAAGACAGCCCUGUAAGAUGCAGCAACCCUCUGGCCCACACUCUGCCACCAGCCACACGGCUCAGGGUCAGGGCUUGGAGCCGCAGCGGGCCCCCCCUCCCUCCCUUGCGAAAGUCGAAAGUCCUCUGCAGCGUCCCCUUCCCUGCCUCGCAGAGAUUCAGGGUUUUGGCAGACAGACCCCGGCCCCAUCUGUCCGGAAGGGGAAGACUUGCCCUUUUUGCCAAGACCUGGGUUCUCACCCCCAAUUCAAGGAUGUCCUACUCACCCCCUCACCCUGGGUAAUGUGGGACUUGUUGGGUGAUGUCCAUUCUUUGCUGUGACUGGCUGGUCUGGCUACUGCAGAUGGGUCACAGCUUCAUGGUCAGGCAGAGCUGAAAGGGACCACAAAGGCCAAUAGGUCCACUGUCCUCAGCUAGUGAAAUGCACAAACGGAGGCUCAGAGAGGGCCUCAUUCUUACACCUUAAACUGCAGCCAGUGAGGUUGUUCCUGUAGGCAUAGUCUCUGCCCCUGAGUCCUUGAGUGCUGGGCUAUGAUGGGACAGACCCAAGGGCCAUGUCUCCACCUCCCUGUGGUCUGACACAUCUCUUACCUUGGAAUUGGCAUGAGGGUCUAAGGUGGCUGGGAUCAGAAGUAGGCUACCCUUGCCCCACCCCAGAGUGUCAUCAUGUAGGAUGUAGCCAACACCUCGCAGCUCCUUCCAGAGGUAGAGCUUCAAGGCCUUCCUACUCACUGCUCUGAGAGCCCAGGUCUCUGAUUCCAGGGCACCUUCUGUAUCUGGUCACACGUGCUCUUUGGCUGUCCUCAAGGAAAGUGAUGCUUAAACCCCUAACUGGCCUCAAAGAACCAAGUGAAAGUUCUAGAAGAGCCUCCCUACAGGCUUCAUUUGGUGUCCUUCCAUUUCUAAUACGGUUAGACCUUUAUAAUGGACAUGUGGUGCUCCGGUGUCUGGGAAGUCUAGUGGCUUCCCCACAUACCCAGGGCUGAAGUGGGGUGUGGUGGGAUGGUGGAGGAAGUGUCUGUCCCCAACUAUCAGUGCAUGCUCAGAAAAUGCAAGUGGAUCUUAAUAUUAGUCUAAAUAAAAUGCCAGGAGAUCAGUCAACAGGGAAAAAAAUCCAUAUAUUCCCUGACCAAGCUCAGUAGAAAAAAACUUUUUUAAUCAUCUGGUUUGGGAUUAUUUUCAUUCAAGUCUGGACAGAAAAUCAUAAGAUGGUGGAAAACCCCUUAUCGAACACUGUCAAGAUGAAGGAGUUGUCUCAUUACAUAAUUGGUGGCAGUUGAAAACCACUUAAAUAGAGGCACUGGGGUGGCUCAGUCUGUUAAGCAGUCCAAUUCUUGAUUUCAGCUCAGGUCAUGAUCUCAUGGUUUGUGGGUUCGAGCCCUGC